AUGACUUUCCUCCAGGGCCAGUGUGAGGAUGACUGCUACUCUUCCUGCAACUAUGGGAGCCUCUAUGGCUACCGGGGCUACGACUGUGGCAGCCCAUGUGGCUACCGUGGCUACGGAGGCCUCUACGGCUACCGUGGCCUCUACGGCUGCGGUGACCGCUACGGCUAUGGUGGUCUCUACGGUUACCGGGGCUCCUAUGGCUCUGGGGACUGCUAUGGCUAUGGGGGUCUCUAUGGUGGCUAUAGGGGCUCCUAUGGCUCUGGGGACUGCUAUGGAUACCCAGGAUUUUAUUCUGGCCGCUACGGUUACCCCUUCGGUUCACGCUACGGCCAGAGGUACGGCUACGGUGGCUGCUACACCUGCUAA